GAGCUCUUUUCUAUUCGAGUGUUUGUUCGAUUCGGACGCCAUUUGUACGGAAUGGGUAAACCACGUGGAAUUCGCACUGCUCGGAAACAUAUACGGCACCGUCGGGACCAACGAUGGGCUGACAAGGAUUACAAGAAGGCCCAUUUGGGAACUCGUUGGAAGUCAAACCCCUUUGCUGGAGCAUCGCAUGCCAAAGGAAUCGUGCUGGAAAAGGUCGGCGUUGAAGCAAAACAGCCAAACUCCGCUAUCCGUAAGUGCGUUCGUGUCCAGCUAAUCAAGAACGGUAAAAAGAUUACUGCUUUCGUACCACGGGAUGGCUGUCUUAAUUAUAUUGAGGAAAACGACGAAGUGUUGGUUGCCGGUUUCGGUCGAAAGGGUCAUGCCGUCGGAGAUAUUCCCGGAGUUCGCUUCAAAGUAGUAAAAGUGGCCAACGUUUCACUUCUCGCACUGUAUAAGGAAAAAAAAGAGCGGCCUCGGUCGUAAGAUGGAUUUUUUAGCAGAAAUUCAGAUACUAAAAGCUAAACUGUUAACGUGAUGGAGCGGAUGAAAACCUGAAUACAAACUUCCAUGGAUUGGGUGUUUUAUUCCAAA